AUGGACUUAUUGGAAUACGCUCGAGGACUAGCCACUAGUGGCAAUAAUCAACAACAACAAAACGCUCAAUUUUUACAAACAUUUAUUCACCAAGGAAGUUCAACCAAGGCACCUGAAAAACAGCCCGAUAACAGGAAUAACAACCUGCUUUUAAUUGGUGGUUUAGUUAUUUUUGGAAUUGUGGCGUUAUUAGACAUUGGGGGCAAUCUAAUAACUAACUUAGAUUUAAGCAACAACCCAAAACUAAAACACAUUAGUGUCAGCGGACUAAAAAUUAAGCAAGAUUUAAAUACAUUUUCUCACCUAAAAGAAUUAGAACAUUUAUGUUUAGAUAGUUGUGAUUUUUAUGGUUCAUUGCGACCAUUAGCCGAAACCAACCAUGACUUCUUAAUUAGUCGAAUUAGUAAAUUAGAACAACAAUUAAUCGAACAAGAAAAAAUAACUAACAAAGUAUUAAAAGAAAACGAACAAUCAGAAAAGCAAUUGGCAAACGAAAAACAAACUUUUCUAACCACCGCUGAAAAAUUAAACAAUUACAUCAGUCAAUUAGAAGGUUCGGAAACUCAACCAACAGGAAUUUUAACCGAGAAAGAAAAAAUAGAGAUUCAAUCAAAAUUUGCACUUGUCUGA